AUGAAUGAUUCUAGGCAGCAGUCACUGUUCUUCAUCACCUUUCCAGAUUUACGCAAACUCUGUGCUGUCCGGAUAAUACUGAGUGAAAGAGUGGCAGAUACCGAAAUUAGGAGUACACAAAUGAAAAUGUGCAGGCAAUUGCUACUUUUACAUCAAGAUAUUCUUACAGCCCCUGUGCCUGGAAUAUUAAACCAAAUUUGGGUAGUGAUGGCGAUAUCAUUUUUUAAAGCUGGGAAUCUCAAUGCCUACAUUGAAAAUCAUGGAGCUAAGAUGGAGGCCCCACAACGAGUAAUUCCUGUAAUUCUUCAAAACUGCCUUUCAUAUUCAUUCCCAGCUAGACUUGCUCCAGCCUGGAACAGAAUGGGCUAUCUCUUGGUACAAGGAAGAGAUUUUCUUUCUCAGAUGGGAAAGCAAAGUGCUGUUGUGUUAGACAUCAAUGUAACAGAAACUUACAUUUGUCUGGGUAUAGAGGUUUGCACUAUCAGGCUGCCACCAGCUGAGCUAAAGGAGUUCGAUAUUUCUCAGAAUGUUUUACAAGAUUUUUAUGCCAAUCAGCAUGCUGUCAUUGAGAAACAUUCCAUUUUGAGCAACUGGUGCUAUGUUUUACCAAGUAUGAAAAUGGGGCAAAUUAUAAAUAUUCUCCAUGCCAUACCCCCUGAUAGUCCCUUUCACUCAUUCAAAGAUCUCCAGAUGCAUUGGGAUGACCUGUAUGGAUAUAAACUUCCAGAAGAAUGUGGAAAGAUGAAAAUAUACUGCAACAUCUACUUCAAAAUGAUUGGAGAAAGGACCUUCACAUAUCCUCUCACUUGCAUCAGAAGUCAGCCUGUUCAGUUCUUCCCAAGAAUAGAUUUGGAAGGUGUAUUAAAAAGUUUCCUUUCAGAUUUAAAAUCUAAACUGCCUCAUAUAUGUGGAUUUCCCAUAAAGAUGACAAAUAAACCAUGCUACUACACACAGGAACUCAGCAAACCUAUUAUACAGGAAAGCAAAGUCAAGCCACCCAAUCUGACCACUAAAAAACCAUUCAGGGUUUCUCUGACCCAGGUCAGUUCCACAGGACCUGCCUGGACUCCAAGUCUCCAACCGUGUUCAAUAUCAGCCGACCACAAGGGGGAGCCCCUCAGACUGUCACAAGCAGGUCCUUCCUCAGCUCCGCUUGGCCAGCCAGAGUCUGUGCAGGGCAGGAAGCAGCCCCUGCCUUCCAGGAUACCACAGCCACAGCUGGAAGAGGCACAGUCCCAGAGAGGAAAUGCACAAGUUCAACACACAAGUCUAAGCGCCAAUAGAAACAUCACCCCAAAAUUCAUUCCAGUUUUCAAACCUAGAUUGUCACAGAUGAACAAAAAUAUCUCAGCACUUAGCAACCUGAAAAGAAAUCAUGUUACAGAAUCUAAGUUGCUUUCACUUAAAACUAGUAUAACACAGGAAAACAAACUGAAAUUAGAUCCAGCUAUUAAAAAAAGGAACAUUCAGGUACAUGCUAGAAAAUUAAAUCAAAAUAGCUCCAGAUCUUUGCAAGAAAAAAAUAUGGAGCCCUCUGAGCAUAAGUCAAGAUAUCCCUCUUCUUAUGGACAAUCAGCUCUGAGCUUCACUGAGAGCAACAAGCUCACCAGCAGCGCGGUGAAUAUGCCAAAUAAUGAUUUAGGUGUGAAAAAAAGCACUAAUGAUAUCCAGGUGGACGGAAAAGACAACUUAACAAGGAGAUGCAUAGCACAAAUUAUAGGGAAAAGCCACGAGUCGCUAAAACUGAAAAAUAAACCACACAUUUUUGAGUCAGACAUAGAAACUGAAGGUCCCCAAAUACUGCAACAACAAUCAGCAAAUCAAACUGAAGAAGCCGAUAUUGGUGACCACAGAUUGACAGUAAGCCAAAGAACCCGCAGAUUGAAAAGAAAAGCUUGUCCAGAGUCUUCAAAACCUUUGAAGAAGUGUCAUUCCAACUCUAGUCACCACAAGGAAUCCAGCUCUUUGGGAAACCAGGUACCAAACUCAGAUAAAUCAAAACAUAAGAAAUCUCUCAUCAUUUCUAAGGCUUAG